AUGGACGAUCCACUUAUCAUUAUUACCACUGCGUCGUGUACCCAUAAACCCUUAUCUCGUUCAAUUUUUAAUACAUCAUUAAUUCUUCAAUUAUUUACUCAGGCAUUUUCUUUCUUUCUUUCCUUUCUUUUUUCGUCUCUUUCCCUAACUCAAUUCCACGUACUCUUUUUCUUUCUUUCUUUCUUUCUUUCUUUCUUUCCUUUCUUUCCUUUCUUUUUUCUAAGACAUUAUUUCUCACUUUUACUUCAUCUAUCCAUCCUUUUCUUUUUUUUCUUUCGCUCGUUUUCUUUCUUUCUUUUCUUUCUUUCUUUCUUUCUUUCUUUCUUUCUUAUCAACAUUUAUUUUUCCUUCUUUUAUUCUUCUUUCUUUCCUGCCUUUUUUCUUCCUUAUAAUUGUGAUUUUUCUUUUUUUCCGAAACCGUUUUUAUCUUUUUCUUCAGUUUCCUACACCCAAUUUCUUUCUUUCUUUCUUUCUUUCUUUCUUUCUUUCUUUCUUUCUUUCUUUCCGUCAGUCAUCAGAUUUCUUCUUUCUUUCAGUAACACAUUUAUUUCUCUCUUUUUCUUCAUCUAUCCAUCCUUUUCUUUUUUUCUUUCGCUCUCUCUAUUUCUUUCAUUCUUUCCUUCGGUUUCUUUCUUUUUUUCUUUCUUUUUUUCUUUCUUUUUUAUAUUCAUUUCUUUCUUAUGUUCAUAUUAUAUAAUAAAGUAA